AUAGAAAUUCACUGCUAUGAAUUGCACAUAGAUUUGUCUCUCCGCUGUUUCCUUAACCGCUGACCGAAAAGAAUGGCACCGAAGAAGCACGAGCCUCCACCACCUCCACCUGAAGAUACCAAUCCUUACGGGAUAUUUGUUACCAUUGCGGUACCUUCAGCUACGCUAGUUCUGGAUGUUCCAGCUGACGACCCAGCGGCGCAGCGGAAAACCCACCUUACGCUCAACAUCCCCGGUUGCCACACCCCUUGGGCGUCUCCACAAAUUACCCCGUCGGAGACCGGUGUCUACCAGUUCGAUGUCGUCAAACACUUUCGUCGUUCGGGCGGCAACGAUGUGCUGCUUCAGCUGAUCAACGGCACCGUCAUGGUCGCCAUCGUUGACAGCGCCACCAAUGCCGUCCUGGCCACCGCUACCAUUGACCAGCUGUGGGGCUUUGCCAUCGGCCAGAACAGCUGGAGCGCUGAGGGACUGGACCUCACGCCAGCCGCAGAGCUGCCCGCUGGCGUACCCAAGGUUCGCUCCGCGCGGCUCUCCUCCUUCUCCCUGGCACUUCAGGAGCGCCAGCUGCCGCCCGGGGUCGACCCCGCCGCAGCUGCUGCCGCUCCUGCCCCCGCUACUACCGCCGCCGGUCAGCAGCAGCCGCCAGCAGCCGCAGCUGAGGGCACGGAGCUGCCCCCCCUGCUGCCGUACAGCUUUGUGAGCCCGGAAUUCGCGGAGCGGGGUAACAUGGUGGAGCUGGUGGUGUCAGACCUCUCCCCGCUGCCGCCCACACUGCCCACCACCGCCGAAACCGCGGGCGGCAAGCUCUCCGUUACCGCGGCGCUGCAGCUGCCCGGUGGUGCCCCCGUGCUUGCCGUACAGCUACCCAUAGCGGCUGGCGGCGGCAGCAGCAGUGGCGGCGCCCUGGCUACCCCCGCUGUACGGCGGGAGUUGCUAAGUGAGGAGAUGUGUACGGCGCUGCGGUACCAGCUGGAGGAUGGGCUGCCGCUGGUGGUGGAGGUGGCCAGGUACGUCACCGCGGAGGGCUUCAACGACCCCGCCUGGGAGGCCUACCACGCCUCUGCAGUGGCUCCGGGGCUGGUUUCGGCACUGGUGGUGGCCGGAGCGACCCAUGGGUCCGUGGAGGGGCUGGAGCUGGCGACCUUUGCAGCCGCCGGCGAGCAGAAGAGCUGCCUUCCGCCGUACACUCCACCUGCGGGCAAAUCCAAGCCGGUGGAGGAGCCGCACCCCGCCGGCAGCUGCGCCUGGGAGAAGGCGGGCAGCCGCAUCACGCUCACGUUGCGGCUGGCGCGACCCGUGGUUCCGCCCUGGCAGCCGCCGCCGCCUCCGCCCCGCUCGCUGCUUGAGAUGAUUCCGCCUCGGGACCUGACGCCCAAGCAGCCGCCCACCACCGCUGCGGAUGAGUUCAAGAACAAGGUUCGACUCAUCGCUCGCGCCCUGGCUGAGGAGUAUAAGUCCGUCCUGCCCGACCUCACCUCCUCCUCCUCCGCUGCUGCUGCUGCUGCCGGUGGCCCCUCCACCACCAGCAUCGGCAGUGCUGCUGAGGCCGGUGCAUCAGCAGCAAACGGCUCCGAAACCGCCGCAGCUCAGCGUCACAAGGCCCUGGUGUUCGAACUGAACCGCAGCGGCAAGUACGCCCAAAUGCGCGACUCGCUGAAAGCCUCCGUGGUGGCACUUGUACGGGAAAAGUACCGCAAGAGUGGAUCCAUGUCGCCCAACGAAAUGGCGCUGCUGUACAACGACCUGUACGGCACGCUGCUGGCGGCGACCCAUGGGGCGCUGAAUGAGAUGGUGGAGGCGGCGGCGGUGCGGCCGCGUGCGCCACCGCCGCAGCGCGUGCCUGACAAGCAGCAGCUGGGGGAGCUGCUGGACCUGGCGGCGCAGGCCGAGGCGGUGGGCGACGCCGCCCGCGCCGAGUCGCUGCACCAGCGCCGCCUGUUGGCACAAACCGACUCGCAGGUCUGGUACGAGUACGGCACCUUUUGUCUACGUCGGGGCAGCCGAGGUCGUGCAGAGCAGUGCUUCCGCGAGUCCCUCUCCCUGGAGCCAACCCACCGGGGGGCGCUGCUAGCCCUGCUGGGCUGCUCGCUAGCAGAAGGCAGGGCGACAGCGGGAGCGGGAGUGACCCAUGGGUCAUCGGGGGCAGUUGCGACCCACGGGUCACAUGGGGCGCAUGGCGGUGCGCAUGGUGGACUGGGAGGUGCGGGAGGAAGCGGAAGUGUCGGGGCUUUGCUAGCAGCAGGUGGGGAUCCCGCGUAUAUGGAGGCGGCGGAGGCGGCGGCGCAGAGGUUGCUGGAGGUCAGCUCGGGUGGGGCUGGUGCUGCGGAGGGAGGAGCGGCAGCGGGAGCAGGAGGAGCGGGCGGGGUUGCGGUGAUGGAGGCGUGGGCGGCGCUGGCGCUGGUGUACAAGGCAUUCGGCGACUCCAAGCGAGCCGAGCUGGCCUCGUGUGAGCAGGAGAUGGCUCGGCUGGAACGAGAGGAGCUCGCAGCAGCAGCUGCUGCUGCAGCCGCCGCCGCCGCUGCCGCACAAUCCGCCGCCGCAGCAGACGACCUCUACGCCGCAUCCGCUGCCGGCAUCACCGCCGACGGCAUGGCUGCUGGCGACGCUGACGGCGCCGUAGGAGCGGAAUCCGGUUUGGCAGCUGAACCCUCGGCAUCUAUUUCUGCCGUACUUUCUGGAACCGGGUCCGCUGUGGCGGCGGGCAGUGCCGCCGGGAAUGCUGCGGGUACGGGCGAAUCCCGUACGGUGACUGGAUCUGGCAUCGAGGCGGGCUCUGCGGCGGGCAGCGGCGGCAGUGGCGGCAGCUCCGCACCGGGGCUAGGGGACCUGCAGGCCCGCGCCCUCAUCUCCCUUGCCUCCACCCUGCUCGAGACGCUGCAGCUGCCCUCGGAGGCUCUGCUCGCACUGGACCUAGCCACCGGCCUCAGGCACUGGCCCUCACUCACCUCCGAAACCCGUACGGCACACGAGCUGACGUCAGCGCUGGCCCAGCAGGCGCUGCUGCUGCUCCUGCCGGGGGCAGGGGCCAGCAGUGCUGCCACUACCAGUGAUGGCACUGCGGGGGGUGCGGAGGGCGGCGGUAGGGCGGCUGCUGCGGCUGGCAGCAUGGAGGCGGCGGCGGGUGUGCUGCUGGCCGCGGGUGGGCCGGUGCUGCGGCUGAUGCGGGUUGGCGGCGGGGUGGGGUGGCGCGCGCGGCUGCUGGCGGCGCAGCUGCACCGGGCGAGGGGCGCGGAGGAGGAGGCCAUACGGUACUACCAGGACUACCUGGAUGUCGCCCGGCAGUGCGGCCAGCUGGCCCGUGUGCCGCUGCCCGUGUGGCUGCAGCUGGCGGGCUGCUACACGGCGCGGGGGCAGCACAAGUACGCAGCGCAGGUGUUGCUGGCGGGGGCGGCGGAGCAGCCUCGCUGCGCGGUGCUGUGGCGGGAGGCGGGCGUGAGCUUCGUGGAGGAGGGCGACCUGCCCGCUGCCGACAUGGCGCUGUCGGAGGCCAACGUGCUGGACCCGGAGGACCCGCGCGCCUGGGGCUGGUUGGCACUGGUGGCGGUGCGGGAGGGGCGGCAGGAUGACGCCGCCACCGCGCUGUCCUUCUCGCUGCGCUGCGGCCUGGCUGACGCGGCGCUGCUGCUGCGGCUGGCGGAGCAGUACCGCGUGCGGGGGCAGCUGCGGGCGGAGCAGGGGGUGCUGCAGGAGGUUGCCUCCCGGCUGCUGCCCCGCAGCUGCCCGGCGCGUUGUGCGCUGGCCCGCUGCCUGCUGGCUCAGCGCAUGGGGGCGGAGGCGGCGGAGCAGCUGGCGGUGGCGGGCGGGCUGGCGGAGGGUGAGGAGCAGGCGGCGGAGGUGGCGGGGCUGGUGGCGCAGAUGAGGGGGCUGUGAGAGGGGGAGGGGAGAUGGAGGAAGGCCAAGGUGGUAAGGAGGUAAUGAGGCAAACCUGGGCGUAUGGCGUUGCAUGUCGUGUCAGGUCGCGUGGACACUGUCGUGCUACGGAGGUAAGGCCUGCGCGUAUCAAUAAUACAGCCGUGUGUGCGGUCUUGGAGCUGUGGGGCCCGGAGGAAUUUCAUGAUGCCGGUUGCGACGAAGGGGUCCUCAUCCUGUCAGAGUGUAACAUAGUGGGCUAC